GUCCGGUGAAUUCGAGAUAGACGGAUAGCGUGCCUGCCAGGCUGGUCCGGAAGUCGCGUGUCGACGGCAGCCAUAACAGCCCCUCCAGCGACUCUCGCCCUUCCGCGACCCGAACCACCACCUCUUGUCUGAUUUCCUUAGCUGCUACCAACGACGACUAGCACGGCCUACCACGAGAUUAGCUCAUGUGUGCGAGAGCUCUGCAAUCCGUGCAGAGUAAGCAAGUAUUGGUGUAACGUUACUCUAAUGAAACACCGAGAACGAGUCGGCGAUUGGUCGAUUCUACCGAGGCCUGAAGGAAAAGCAACCCUCUCUCUUCUUCGCUACCCUCUCGAUUACGUAGCGUCUUCAGAAUCGCUAGACUAACCGUGCCGUUAACACUUGCUUGUGUUCCACGUCGCAUUACACAAAGUAUCUAUCUGGUGGCCGUUUAUUCCUUGCUGUUCCCGUGUAUCGUUAACGAUGUGCAGUUUCAAACGAGAGUGAGUCACUUGAGCAAAUCAUGCUCGCGUUUCGCGCGAAGGGAUCCUACGGUAUAGCAUGAGCAGUAACACCAAGAAAGCACCGGGAGGCAAGGACGACAAGAAGAAUCCUUCCAGCAAAGAGGAGAGCCCGUCGGGCGGUAAGGACGAUGGUGGUUCAGCCGGAAGCAAUGGGGGCACGGCUGGAGGAGAGCCGUCGCAACCCGGAAGCAAGCCUAGCUCAGCUGGCGCGACCGCCAGAGAAGGGGCCCAAAGACUUCUGGCCCUGGCGGCACGCGGCGAGUGGGCCCCCGUGGACCAGCUGCUCAAAUCUCUGGAGAAGACGGUGCAAAGUGCGGGGGAGGAUGGCUUCAUCGUGCCGCUCGCCGGUGUUCUGGACCCGGUGACGGGGAUGACGCCGUUAAUGUACGCAGUGAAGGACAACCGCAGCGCUCUCCUCGAUCGGAUGAUUGAGCUCGGAUCUGACGUGGGCGCCAGAAACAACGAUAAUUAUAAUGCUCUCCAUAUCGCUGCUAUGUAUUCGAGGGAGGACGUUGUUAAGUUAUUGCUGUCCAAGAGAGGCGUUGAUCCCUAUGCUACGGGAGGGCCAAGGCAACAAACGGCGGUUCAUCUGGUGGCGUCAAGACAAACGGGCACUGCGACGUCGAUUCUACGAGCUUUACUAGGCGCUGCCGGACGAGAUAUCAGAUUAAAGGUCGACGGGAAAGGAAAAAUACCUCUUUUGCUAGCAGUCGAGGCUGGCAAUCAGUCGAUGUGCCGGGAACUUCUCUCACAGCAAGCGCCUGAUCAACUUCGAGCCACCACUCCAUCAGGUGAUUCUGCGCUGCAUUUGGCCGCUAGAAGAAGAGACAUUGACAUGGUGCGGAUCCUAGUAGAUUAUGGCGCGCCCGUCGACAUGCAAAAUGGCGAUGGACAAACUGCGUUGCAUAUAGCGAGCGCCGAAGGUGACGAAACUUUGGUGAAAUAUUUUUACGGUGUCAGAGCCUCCGCCUCGAUCACCGAUCAUCAGGAUCGAACGCCGAUGCAUCUGGCCGCGGAGAACGGCCACGCUUCCAUCAUCGAGCUGUUAGCCGACAAAUUCAAAGCGAGUAUCUUCGAAAGAACGAAAGACGGCUCGACUCUGAUGCACAUAGCGUCGCUGAACGGGCAUUCGGAAUGUGCCACUAUGCUCUUCAAGAAGGGCGUGUAUCUGCACAUGCCAAACAAACGUGGCGCUAGAUCUAUUCACACGGCAGCGAAAUAUGGUCACGUGGGUAUUAUUAGCACUUUGCUGCAACGAGGAGAAAAGGUGGAUGCGGUAACUAACGAUAAUUAUACGGCACUCCAUAUAGCCGUGGAAAAUGCCAAACCAGCUGUUGUGGAAACACUUUUAGGAUACGGUGCGGAAGUGCACGUGAGGGGUGGAAAACUUCGGGAAACUCCGCUUCACAUAGCCGCCAGAGUGCUCGAUGGUGACAGAUGCGCUCUGAUGUUAUUGAAGUCCGGAGCGGGACCUAAUUUGACAACUGAUGACGGCCAAACACCCGUCCACGUAGCAGCCAGUCACGGGAAUUUAGCAACGCUUCUUUUGCUUCUCGAGGAUGGCGGAGAUCCUAUGUUUAAAUCGAAAAACGGAGAGACUCCCUUGCAUUUAGCUUGCAGAGGUUGCCGGGCGGAUGUGGUUCGGCAAUUAAUAGAAUUUGUAAAGGAAACAAAAGGUCCAGAAGUGGUAACCGCUUAUGUGAACAGUCUGACAAACGACGGUGCUAGCGCUCUUCAUUACGCCGCUCAAAUCGAACCUUCGGAGGUCAUUAUUCCCGGUGACGAUCGCGCCGUCGUGCGCGCUCUUCUCGACAGCGGCGCGGAUGUCUCGUUGCAAACCAAACAGGCUCAGGAAACGGCGUUUCAUCACUGUGCUCUCGCGGGCAACAACGAGAUUCUGGAGGAGAUGAUCAGCCGGAUGUCGUCGACGGAGGUGCAAAAGGCCUUGAACCGGCAGAACGCCGUGGGUUGGACACCGUUGCUGAUUGCCUCCAAUCGAGGUCAUAUGGAACUGGUGACAACUCUUCUCGCCAAUCAUGGCAGAGUCGACGUGUUCGAUCUCGAGGGUAGAUCCGCUCUGCAUUUAGCCGCCGAACACGGCUACUUACAAGUGUGCGACGCGCUGUUGGCGAACAAAGCUUUCAUAAAUUCCAAGUCUCGCGUGGGAAGAACCGCCCUGCACCUCGCCGCUAUGAACGGUUAUACUCAUCUCGUACGUUUUCUCAUCCAGGAUCAUGGCGCUGCAAUAGACGUGCUAACUCUCAGGAAACAGACUCCCCUUCAUCUGGCGGCGGGCGCCGGCCAGUUGGAGGUCUGCAAACUUUUGCUGGAUCUCGGUGCCAAUAUAGAUGCCACGGACGAUCAGGGACAGAAACCGAUCCAUGCCGCGGCUAUGAACAAUUACGCCGAAGUAGUGCAACUCUUUCUUCAGAGGCAUCCAAGUCUCGUGAUGGCUUGCACCAAGGAUGGCAACACUUGCGCCCAUAUCGCCGCGAUGCAAGGCAGCGUCCGAGUGAUCGAGGAACUGAUGAAGUUUGAUAGACAGGGCGUGAUAACCGCCAGGAAUAAAUUGACAGACGCGACACCAUUGCAACUGGCGGCGGAAGGCGGACACGCCGAAGUAGUGAAGGUUUUAGUUAGAGCCGGAGCGUCCUGCUCUGACGAGAAUCGUGCGGGUUUCACCGCGGUUCAUCUAGCGGCUGAAUAUGGUCAUGGCCAGGUACUUGAAGUAAUGAGAUCGUCGCAGUCUCUUAGAAUAGUUAGCAAGAAGCUGGGCGUCACAGCGCUUCACGUUGCUGCUUAUUUUGGGCAAGCUGAUACGGUUAGAGAAUUACUAACUCAUAUACCUGGAACUGUAAAAUCUGAUCCACCAACCGGAGGAUCUCUGGUAGGAGAAUUAGGAGCCGAAUCUGGCAUGACUCCUCUUCAUCUUGCUGCUUAUUCUGGAAACGAGAAUGUCGUGCGACUUCUCCUUAAUUCUGCUGGAGUUCAGGUAGACGCGGCGACGACGGAAAAUGGAUGGAACCCUUUGCAUCUGGCUUGUUUCGGCGGCCACAUAACUGUCGUGGGUCUAUUGCUAAGCAGAUCGGCGGAGCUGCUGCAAAGCGCGGAUCGUUACGGCAAAACGGGAUUACACAUCGCGGCUACCCACGGUCAUUAUCAAAUGGUGGAGGUUCUCUUGGGCCAAGGAGCGGAAAUAAACGCGACCGACAAAAAUGGCUGGACACCGCUGCAUUGCGCGGCACGCGCCGGUCAUCUGGAUGUUGUGAGGCUGCUUGUAGAAAGCGGUGCAUCUCCAAAAAGCGAGACGAAUCUUGGCUGCGCGCCGAUCUGGUUCGCCGCGUCCGAGGGUCACAACGAUGUGCUCAAGUAUCUCAUGGAGAAAGAGCACGAUACGUACGCUCUCAUGGAAGAUAGAAGGUUUGUUUACAACAUGAUGGUCUGCAGCAAGAGUCACAACAAUAAACCGAUAGAGGAGUUUGUUCUGGUGUCGCCCGCGCCCGUGGAUACGGCGGCCAAGCUGUCCAAUAUUUACAUGAAACUCUCCGAGAAGGAGAAGGAGCGCGCCAAGGAUCUAAUUGCGGCCGGGAAACAGUGCGAGGCCAUGGCGACUGAAUUGCUUGCUCUGGCAGCAGGCGCCGAUUCGGCCGGCAGGAUCUUGACAUCGAUGGAUCGUCGAAACGUCGAGUUCCUAGACGUGCUGAUCGAGAACGAGCAGAAAGAAGUAAUCGCGCACACCGUGGUGCAGCGUUACCUGCAGGAACUUUGGCAAGGUAGCUUGAACUGGAACGCGUUUCGAACGAUCCUGCUAUUUAUCGCCUUCAUCAUCUGCCCACCCGUCUGGGUGGUAUUUGCUCUUCCGCUCGGGCACAAGUACAAUAACGUGCCCAUCAUCAAGUUUAUGUCGUAUCUCACGUCGCACAUCUAUCUGAUGAUCUUUCUACUGCUGGUCGGCAUCACGCCCAUCUAUCCGGUGGUGGUGAGAGCGAAUCUGAUACCAUAUUGGUAUGAGUGGUGCCUGUUGGUGAUGCUGUCAGGCCUGUUGCUGUUCGAGUUGACAAAUCCUAGCGACAAGAGCGGUUUGGGCUGGAUCAAGCUGGCAGUGCUACUCUUCGGCAUAUUCGGCGUGGCGUUUCACCUGAUGGGAUUCGUAAUCGUCGAGAAAAUCUACUGGCCAACCCUGCUCUACCUAAGAAACCAGCUUUUUGCCCUCAGUUUCCUUUUAGCUUGCGUGCAGAUACUGGACUUUCUGUCGUUCCAUCAUUUGUUCGGGCCAUGGGCGAUCAUUAUCGGUAAUCUUAUGAAGGAUCUCGCGAGAUUUCUCGCGGUGUUGGCCAUCUUUGUCUUCGGCUUCUCCAUGCACUUCGUCGCGCUUAAUCAAGCAUUCAAGAACUAUAAAACGCUACAUGAUGCGCGCCAGGAUGAAAACAAAUUGAGGCAUCCAUUCGAAGACGAUAUGUUGGCCAAUGUUACGGAAUGGAUGAUGGAGACGCCACCAACGGAGGCGCCUCCUCGUCGCUACGGCCGCUACAGGAAAAAGAAUGAGUGUUGUGACGAUAACGACAGAGAUAUAAAGAUGAAUCCGGUACUCGCCUUCGAGUAUCUAUUCUUCGCCGUCUUCGGACAAACGACCCACGGCGAGCUGAAGGUCGAGCACAAUCAGCCGCAGUGGACCUCGGUCCUCUUCAAGUUGACCUUCGGCGUGUACAUGUUGGUCUCGGUAGUGGUGUUGAUUAAUCUGCUGAUCGCCAUGAUGAGCGACACGUAUCAACGGAUACAGGCGCAAUCGGACAUAGAAUGGAAAUAUGGACUCAGUAAACUGAUCCGUAACAUGCACAGAACUACCACAGCUCCGUCCCCGUUAAACUUGCUCACCACCUGGACAGUGUACUUCAUCAAGCUAUGCAAGCAGCGCGUCGCUAAACGUAAACGGCCGUCGUUGGUGCACAUGAUGGGAUUGCAGCACGCAACCAGCCGUUUAUCGCCCAGAUCGAAGAUGGGAGCAAAAUGGUUGGCUAAGGUUAAAAAAGGUCAAGUCCGUCCGAAGGACAGCAUGACUCUCUCCGUGGUGCACCUGAGUCCGCUGGGCAGUCAGCUAUCCUUCAAUACAGCGACCAGAAUAGAAAACGUAGUGGACUGGGACUCGAUCAGAAAGAAGUAUCUCGCCUUGACCGGCAACGAGCCUGAGAAGGAAGAGGCGGAAAAGGAGGAAAAGGGCGAAGAGGAGGAGAAUGAGGACGAGAAAGGACAGACGGCUUCCAAUGCUUCAACGAUACCGGCGACGACGGUCCCAAAUCUGCCCGUCUAAUUAUCCAUCACGUCGGACAUGCUGGACGCUAGUCUGCGCGUAAAAAUGCAGCAGUGCGAGCAAACGAGCGAUCAGAUACAGUCGCGAAAGCGCGUUCCGCUAUUAUGUACUUAACAGAGACAGAUUUAAAUACAAAGUGCGCUGUAAAGAAGAUAUUUUUCACACAUUCGCCAAGAAUAAUUUUUUACAUAAAAUCGUAAACCGCUACCGCAGACACACAAAUAUCCGACGAUCGAGCGAGACCAUCCACAUAAAGGAUCGAUUCUUGCGCGACGACCGGCCUAGCAUUUUAAGCAUCUAAGUAAGUAAAGUCCCGACGUGAUUUGCGAAUCUCGUAGGAAUGUAUAUGUAUAUAAUUGAUGUUGUUUGUCAGAUAUGAGUAUGAAAACCAAUUUUGUCGACACAUCAUCAUAUCCUUCUCUGUCACACGGCAUGACCGGAUAAUGCCUGCGAAUGUUAAACUUCCGCCACAUCCGCUCGCUCGAUGCUUCAUUGAAUGUUGAAUCAAUCAUUCGUGACAUCAUAAUUUUCACAUUUCUUGCAGAAUCUUGAUUGACUAGUUGCGAUAAAAUUUUUUUUAGAGCCUCUUAUUGUAAACAUGAAUUUAAAUUAAA